UGUUACAUCACUGAAUAAUGGAUGAAGCUGAGAGAGAAAAAGAGAAGAGGGAUGUACCUGAUGUAGCUGAAAAUAAAAAGAAGGACCGGUUCAAUGCCUUCUUCACGGAACUACGUGCCAUGAUUCAAGCUCAUGGUUACCCUAUAAAAGGAGACAGAUCUAAAACAUCACAGAGGACGACUGCUGCUUCACAGGAGAAGGAAGGCAAAGUCAAUCCAGAAACCUCCAGAGAGCAAUCCAGUUGGAUUCCAUCAUUUCAUAGCUAUGAAGACUUCAAGUGUAAGACACUACAAUCAUUAGAUGGCUUUAUGAUAAUACUGAGCACAGAUGGAGUGAUAAUUUUUGUCGCUGAAAACAUCACUUGUCUCCUUGGCCAUUUACCAAAUGAGAUCAUAGGUAAAAAGUUAUUAAGUCUUCUGCCUGAUCAUGAGAAAAAUGAAGUCUACCGAAAGAUUGCUCUCAAACUUCCUUUGUCAAACUCAGUGGGAAAACAUAUUGAUUUUUGCUGUCAUUUAAAGAGAGGAAAUGUUGAACAUGAUAGUGCACCUACUUAUGAAUAUGUGAAACUCAUCCUAACUGUACAAGAUAUUUUAAAUGAACCUUUGAUGCUCUUCAGCAGCUUCUUCCCCAGCCAUGCCUAUGCUGAGUCAUCUCCUACAUAUCUUCCUCUGGAGGAUCGGUUUUAUCUGGUGGGGUCCAUCUUUCUCUUCAGGGCUCAGACCCUACAGGAACUUUUCACUGUAAAGAAAGCUGAGGAAGAGGUUCUGCUGAUACAGGACUCCGAUGAGGAAGCUAUAUCUCCAGAGCACAGAAGCCAGGGCCAAAAGAGAAGUUCUAGAAUGGAAUUGCUUCGUGCUAAAUCUGCUGCUGCUGCUGCCUCAGAGGAUCAAGUUGAUAUUGGAACAGUUGAGCAGUAUGGCCCCCAAGAGUCUGAUCAUGUAAUUAGGAUAGAAUCUGAUACAUCUUAUGAUUCCAGCACAUCGUCCCUGGAAAGCAUACUGGCAUCACCAGUUGCAUCAUCUUCACAGAGCUUUGAAUUCCAGCCGGCGGUGGAACAGGUGUCUGAUGUGGAUGAGGUACAACCAGAGGACGAGCUGGAAGAGGUGGACUGGAUGGAGCAGAUGGAUGAGGUGGAUGAGGUGGGACAAGUAGAUGAAGAGGAAGAGGUGGAGCAGAUGGAGCAGAUAGAGAAGCUGGAGCAGGAGGGGCAGCUGGACCAGGCUGAGCAGGAGGCUAGCUCACCCUCCAGUGUAGCUGCUGGCAUCAGUGAUGAGUCAAUACAACUACUGCCAUCAAUUAUGUCAUACAUCAACAAGCGGGAGCUGGAGCUGAUGAAAAAGUUCAGGGAGCAGCUGGAAGAGCAGACACGGAUGCUGCAGGCUGACAUCCGAAGCCAGCGGGAUGCGCUGGAAAUGAUGAAGGAACAGCUUCAGAGAAUACAGGAUUCUACCUUUCAGAUGCAGCCAACCAUCUCACACCACCUUGACCAUCCUGAGUUCCAGUCUUUGGAGCCAGUGCUCAAGAAACAACGCACUGAGCAAAUGAAGGAGUCCCUCCCAGACCUCAAGGAGAUCAGUCUUUCCUGUGGUUCCUGUUCACCCUGCUCUUUCAAAUUCUCGGAGGAGCUGGAGGAGACUUGUGAUGACUCCAAACAGCCACUGCUGGAGGGGCAGGACCCGUUCCUGCAGCAGCCGUUGCAACAGGCACAGGACCAGCUUCUGUCAGAGCAGCAGAUGCAGGAGCAGCCCCAGCCGCCAAGCACCGUGGUGGGAAGGCAGAAUCUGCAGAUAUACCUGCCAGGCCGGGCCAGCGUAGCUGUGCCCCUCUAUGAGGACCACAUGACGUUCGUGCACACCCAGCCCAUCGUUCCUGUCCAGUUAGCAGCUGGACAACAGCCCUCUGGCUGCUAUCAAGGCAAUACUCUGCGGGACGAAGAAGAUGACAGCCCUAGUUUUAUUCCUGAGGAGCAGCAGAAGGUGUCCAUGGUAUAUAGCCCGGGCUCUGACACAGUUGCUUCUACCAGCUUUCCUCAGUCUCCCAUACAUUCUGACUCCAGCUUAGUCACCCUGGAGACCCCACAGGAUUAUAUCCAGCUUUGGCGACAGCCACCAGAUUCACAGCAUCACCUUUACCUCCAAGUGAAUAGUUGGACUUCCAGUGAGCAGAACAGCCUGCAGGACCAAGCUACCUGGCCCCAGGUGUCAGCUCCUCAGGCAAAUCCCGAGGCUUUCCAGAACCCUGAAGAAUACUCACCAGACCAUAUCAGCUAUUUUAUGUCUGCCGAGCAGUCUAGCUCAGACGAGAACCAGCACCAGAAGUGCUUUCAUACUGAACCUUGA